GCCUUUAGUCUUAAUGUUUCAAUGAGCACGCUAUCAGACUGGCAGAGCGCGCCUCUAACGGCUCUUGUUAAAACCGCGCUUGUGAAUAUUGCUGUACUUCACACGAGUGCUCCAACGAUGACAGAAGCAGUAGCUAAAGGCGAGGCCACACUAUUGCGCGAGGCGCGCGACAAGUUUGUCGCGGCGUUCGGACGCCAGCCGACUGCAGCAUCCGCGGCGCCCGGUCGCGUCAACCUUAUAGGCGAGCAUGUGGACUAUUGCGAAGGAUAUGUUCUGCCAGUGGCGUUACCAUUCCUCACAAUCGUGGUGGGCGAUUACAACAACACAGACGAGUGCGGGGUUGUCUCCACUCUAGGCAGCAACCAAGACGUGAAGACAUCCUUCCCUGCAACCACGGUAGCAACUCUGUCGCCUGGGGAGCCGGCCUGGGCUAACUACGUCAAGGGAGUCGUUGCUAACUUCCCGAUGAAAGUAGGAGGCUUCGACGCGGUGGUGGUGUCCGACGUGCCGAUGGGCGCCGGCGUGUCGAGCAGCGCGUCUCUGGAGGUCGCCUUCUUCACAUUCCUGGAAGCACUCACUGGUCACACAGUUGAUCCUGUACAAAAGGCGCGGUUAUGCCAGAAAGCAGAACACGAGUUCCCGGGGAUGCCGUGCGGCAUCAUGGACCAGUUCAUCGUUACUCUGGGGAAGAAAGACCACGCUUUGCUAAUAGACUGCAAAUCCCUGUCAUCCACCCACAUCCCGGUGCAGUCGAGCGAGGCUGUGAUCCUGGUGGUGAACUCCAAUGUGAAGCACCAGCUCACCGGCAGUGAGUACCCGCAGCGGCGCGCGCAGUGCCAGCAGGCGGCAGACCUGCUGCGGAUACCCUCGCUGAGGAGUGCCUCCAUCGAUGAUUUAAAAAAAUUGAGCUCACAGAAUUGCGACGAGCUGGUGUUCAAGCGAGCAAAGCAUGUGAUAGAAGAGAUAGCACGCACGGAGGAAGUGGCCAAGCUGUUACCACAAAACGAAUUAGAUGCGGUCGGCCAGUUGUUCUACAAGUCGCACUCCUCGCUGAGCGAGCUGAUGCAGGUGUCGUGCGGAGAACUGGACCAGCUGGUCGGUAUCUUGCGCGCGUCGGCCGGCGUGUACGGCGCGCGCAUGACGGGCGGCGGCUUCGGCGGAUGUGUUAUUGCGUUGGUAAAAAAGAAUAAUGUGGAACAGGUAAAGAAGAAUGUCCUGUCCCAGUACAAGGGUAAGCCGAUCUUCUUCGUCUGUCAGCCAAGCGAUGGCGCGAGGAUACUGCAGUUACAAUAGAUAUUAUUUACAUUAAAUAAUGAUACUAGGAAAAUAAAUAUUUAUAUUUUUUA